AUGACACAAACAAAACUUUCUUCAUCAUUAAAAGUUGAGAGUUGCAGCAGCCACAAUCACAGUAACUCGAACUCCCCCACAGGUGAAUCCAUGGAAGACUACAAAAAGGCUAAAAGAUCAUCAACAACAACAAGAACAAGAGAUUCAAGCAGCAAACGCCCAGUUUACAGAGGGGUGAGAAUGAGGAGUUGGGGAAAAUGGGUGUCCGAAAUCCGCCAGCCCCGCAAGAAAUCUCGCAUUUGGCUCGGCACCUUCGCCACACCGGAAAUGGCGGCCCGAGCUCACGAUGUAGCAGCUCUCACCAUCAAAGGUGACUCGGCGAUUCUCAACUUCCCCGACCUUAUAAAUUUGCUUCCUCGACCGGUUUCUUUAAUGCCUCGCGACAUUCAGGUUGCUGCAGCUAAAGCUGCUUCCAUGGUUAACUUCAAUACUACUUUAUCGUCUUCUUCAUCGUCAUCAUCUUUGUCUGAAUCCAAUGGCUUGGAAGUACCUGAAGAACUGAGUGAAAUCGUUGAGUUACCAAAUGUAGAAGGGAAUUUCGACUCACAAAGCGAGUUUGUACUUGUUGAGUCGGUUCAUGGGUGGGUUUAUCCUCCACAAGAUUUUUAUGGAGGAUUUUCUGAGCAGAUAUGGACCAGCGAGAAUUUAAUCUCUGCAAACUUGGAAGCUUCCAUGUUGGAAUAA